AUGACAGAAGAGGCGCCUAGUUCAGGCGAAGAUCCAGGUUUAAUUAUGGAACCAAACUUGGCACCUUCCAUACAAGAAGUGUCUCAAGAGUUGGAAGCCGACUCUGAAAGGCUGAGAAAUGAAGAUCAAGCCGACGCCAUGGAUGCUAUAAGUGUAGAGACAACAACAGAUCAGAUCUUCAACCCACCGACGGAGCCACAAUCCGAGUUGGAGCAACGGAAGCUUGGACUGAGCAUUAUCCGAAACCUCGGCUGGUCUGGUUCCAAUUAUGAUGAUUAUGACGUUAUCACGGUUCAUGGCAUACGCGAUGAUUAUACAACUGCCUGGAUAGACAGAGAAGGCUCAUGGUGGAUAAAAAACAAACUAUUCCAUGAUCUGUCGGCUAGGCAAAUUGAUUAUUCAUAUGAGAUUCAUGAAAAUUCAGAUUUAUACGAAACUGAUGGCCUGCGACUGCAUGCCGAACGGCUUGUGACGGCAUACGCGAACGUUCGUAGGGAGCUCGAAGAUACUGAAAGGGAUCGCCCCAUAAUCUGGGUCUGCCACGAUCUUGGCGGUACAAUCGUGAAAGAAGCUCUUUCCAUGGCGUUGGCCCGUCCUGAUAAGUUUGGAAGAAUAGCAAUGUUGACCACAACCAUUGUGUUUCUCGGCUCUCCUCAUCAGUUCCAUUCCUUUGGGGACCUUGAGGACCAACUCCUUGCACUUAUUCUGCUUCAAGGCCCUGCUAUCAGGACUCAGUUACUUAAAAAGGUCAAGAUGCUUGCUAAUCAGGUAGAAAGAGCUAACCAGACAUUUCUAAGCACCAAAUUAUUCUAUCGGGUUACGAUUUUCAACAUCUUCACUCAUAAUACCCACGACGUAAAGAACCAACGAUCAUUUAAGAACAAAGCGGCCCAUACAAGCAGCAUGAAGAAUAAUCAAGAGGUUUUGGACAUACCUACGCCGAUUACUCCAUUCGCCGACUUUGGAUACGGUAUUGGAUACCCCAUUGAAUCAGCGGGCAGAUUUGUUCUAGAUAAAGUGCAUCAUUUAGACAUGGUCAGGGGAGACGGACCAGACGAAAGCUGGGUUACACGAAUCCUCAGUAUGUUCAACAUAGGAGGUUGCCCCAUCAAACUCCAUCAUCGGAUUCUUACGCUACAAGCAUGCCUCCUAUCACUUGCUCCUCCGACACGGCAAUUCGAUGUGUCAUAUGAUCCAAUGAUGCCUAAAGAUGCAACAGUGUGCUGGAUCGUCGAACAAAAGUUGUUUGCAGAGCUCAACAAGACAUACAGACGCCCUGAGAUAAUCCAUUUGCAUGCAGAUGGGAGCCCUCAUAUUGAUAUUCGUGAUAUCUCUCGACGUCUUUACGCUACUUAUGAUGACUCUCGAGUCAUCACUAGUAAUGGGACUCGGACACCUAUUAAAAGUGUCAUUUACUUUGAGUUCGAUCAGUGGGAUUCUAGAUACAACAACAUUUCGUCCAUGCUAUUAUAUUUUAUCAACGUUAUGUCCUGGCGCUUCUGGCCGUAUAACCCUUGGUUAGAGGACUUGGAAACCCCCGUAAGAGACACCAAAUACUGGUCGUUGGAGACCAUCUGGCAUUUUUUCAUUGUUCCUCUUUUUGCCCCCGCGACCUUUAAGCUCACGUUCUUCAUUGGUUGCUUUGAUCAAUGCCCUGAAGAGGAGCGCAAGUGGUUUUUGCAACGCAUCUUGCUCUUUCAAAGUUAUACCGAGCAGAGCGUUAGCUUCAUCCUAUCUACCUCUGGGAAAGAUGGUUUAGCGACCGAAUCGUUAUCCGAAGACAGGCGCAUCAAUAUGCAUAGAUGCCCAGCACUCAACCAGCCAACCAUCAAUAACACGCCGACUGAUGAACUUCGGUCUGGUCUAUUUGAUCUUAUAUCAAGGCGUCCCGUUUAUGAAAUCGUCCAGUUGCAGCUAGAGGCGCUACUUGAACAGUGCAGCGAUAUGCCAUAUCUUGGGUUCAUUAUCCUAAGAUGGCUUAGCAAUUACCGUCGUGGAACUUCAAAAUCUGAGAUUGUCCAUCUUGUAAGGCAACUUUCGCCUGUCACUGUGGAAAAUACAGUGAGAGUCUUUGUUUCCUCGUUAAGAAAUGAAGAUCAGUCAAUAAUGAAAGAUAUAUAUAACUGGAUCAAAUACGCAGCGGAACCAUGGACGCCAGAGUCAUUAAGCGAGGCGCUUACCGUCCAUCAGCAACUAUCUAAAGAAAUAACAGUUGAAGAAGAACCAUCUAUUGAUGAUGUUCAUCCUGAAGAUCUCGUUCUCCGUAUUGAACAAGUAUUUGGUGGAAUCAUCGUCAUCUUGAACCGCGAUAUCAAGUUCAGCCACACGUCAUUCUACAAUGUUUGCAUUGACGGAACGACACAAAAAGACGAUGAAGAGAGAGGCAGAAUAAAUGGCGAGAUUGCCACGGCUUGUUUACGAUAUUUUCAACUCAAAGGCACACAGGAGAAGUUAAUGCUCUACCCUGGAAUCCUCGAUGGUGGUCCAUGGACCUCCUUGCUUGAUGCAACCGCCAUUGCUCACCAGCGAGACAGCAUGGCUGAAUAUGCGGUGCGGUUUUGGCCCCAGCAUUAUAAUUCCAGUGGCAAAUUCAAGCCCAAAAAUUUAGUACAUCACCUGUUUUCCGUUCGCGCAGCUCGAGCCGCCUGGGAGGUGCCUUUCUUUUUCUUCUCCAAUCCACUCACCCGGAUCAACAGAAGCUACGUCUCGUCGCUACCAAUAUUCGCUCGGCUAGGCUUUGAAGAUCUAAUUGAUGAGUAUUUGGAAUGCAACAAGAACGAACAUGGGUUCUUCGAGGACUGUUGGUAUGCUGUCACAGAGGCAUCGAGGGUGGGAUAUAAAACUAUCGUUCAGCGAUUGCUUGAACAGCUUCCUGUGGAUGAAAGCGAGCUCAAAAAUUCCUUAUUUUGGGCUGCAGCUUACGGGAGAGAUGGCGUGGCAGACAUUCUCCUUGAGCAUAUACCAAAUCUCAGUACUUUCCAGUGGCCAGAACAUAUCUCGUAUCAAGCGGCUGCAGCUGGAUUAGACAAUAUUCUCGCAGCUCUCAUACAAGCCGGCCAUAACAUGAACGAACCUGGUCCUUUGUGGAGUUCACCCCCAGUAUUAGCGGCAGCGUGGUGGAAUCAAACUUCCACUGUGGAGUUUCUGGUAGAUUCUGAUGCCAAGAUCGACCUCUCAAUAUGCGCUGAUGACGGCGACAACGCACUAAUGGUUGCCUCACAGGUAGGAGAGCCGCACAUGGUCGAUACACUUCUUCGAGGAGGUGCGAACGUUCACUACAAAAAUACAAGAGGCGUCGGACCAGUCUACAAAGCCACUGCUCAUGGUAAAUAUAAGGCGCUGAAGUGCCUUUUGGCGGCCAAUGCGGAGUUUGAGAACGACCUGGAGGAUGAUGCGAUAGACAUCUACAUACGACUGCCCUUGCUUGACGCAGUAAGUGAUGGCAAUCUAGAAUGCACUCGUUUGCUGCUGGAUGAAAGCAUUGCCCGUCAAAAUGCUCAAACCAGCACAGCCCCAGAAGAUGUGCCUCUCGGUAUUAGUUCGAGCAGUCACACACAUAUUACGUGCAUGCUGCUUGAGAAUGGUCCAAUUCCGCCAAACAAUACUCCUAGCACUAAGCAGCUCCUUCUUGAGGCUAUUGAAUCGGACAAUAUCCACCUUGUUUCGCUGCUGAUAGAACAUGGUGCUUCUGUCGAUGCUUUUGAAACACCCUUGACAUUGGCGUCUAAAAACUGCAGCAUUGAAAUAGUGAGCUUGCUCCUUAAGAACGGGGCCGACAUCAAUGAGAUGACGAAAGACGGAUGGACAGAAUCACCUUUAUUUCGUGCCAUCGAAGCAAACAACGUAGAGGUUGCAAUGUUGUUGUUGAAGAAAGAUGCCAAUCUGAAUUGGAGGACAGAUUUAGGGUGGGGUAUUCUCAACAGCGCCUACAAGACUCCAGAGGUGAUUCCCGAGCUACUCCAAAAAGACCUUGAUCGUGAUCAUCAGUGUAUUUAUGGAAGUGUUCUCCAUAUGGCUGCACGUUGGGGCUACCCAAAGACGAUGAAAGUCUUGCUGGAAUCGGAUCCUAAGCCUAGCCUGGACCUCGUAUACGGGGUCGCUGAUAUCUUUUCGGAAAGCGUGGGCCCAGAAUACAUUAUUGAAGAUGAGCUUGGUCUCACGGCUUUGUUAAUCGCUUGUCAGAAUUAUGAGCCCGAGUGUGUGGAGCUCUUGUUGAAGGCCGGUGCGGAUCCUUACUUCCGUGGUAAAGAUGAUAUCGAGGCUAUCGAUAUACUCAUGCGGGUGGGGGAUCUCGAAAAAGCUGAACGAUGUCUCCGAAUGUUCCUAUCUGGACCUUAUAAAAGAUCGGCAGCGCAAAAGUUGGAUAAACAAGGAAAUACACUAUUGCAUAAGAUUGAAAAGAAGACGCUCAUAUCUGUGCUACAGCUUCUGGUCAAAGCCGGGGUGCCAGUGGACAGUAAGAAUCGGGAUGGAUAUACUCCCUUGGCCGUCGCCGUCCAUAGGGGUAACGAAGCAGCGGCUAAGUACCUCAUCGAGUGCGGAGCCUCUCGUGCGAGCAGUAUCUUGCAUUCAGCUUGUAUACAAGGUUCCUUGAACCUUGUCAAACUGCUUAUACAGGAGGGUGCUGAUCCCGAGGCUACAGAGCCGGAAAAUGGCAGGUCACUUCUCUACACGGCACUCCAUAUAGAUGACGAGGCGGCACGCAUCCAGAUGGUGCGUUAUCUCGUUGAUAAAGUCAAGGUUCCGCUUGACCAACCAGGUGGACAAUUCAAGUACCCUAUCAUCCGAGCCGCUCAUAGGGCACGUGGACCCGAAAGUGCCGGAUUCAAGGCGCUCAAAUUGCUCAUCCGGCGUAAGGCGAGGCUCGAUGUGGCCGACGAUCAGGGGCGUCGUGCAGUGCACGUUGCAGCAGCGUGUUUAUGUAAAGACGGUCUCUCUGCCCUUGUUCGAGCAGGUGCGGAUAUCAAUGUGCGAGAUAAGCUUGGGCGCCUGCCAAUUCAUUUUGCGGCUUCAGUAUGCUUUGAGGACAACCUUGAAUAUUUGCUAGGCCGAUUCGAAGACAUCGACGUCAACGCAACAGACGAUGACAAUUGGACCCCGUUGAUAUGGGCAAGUCGGACGGGUUCCGUUUACAGUGCGGCCCAGUUGCGUGAAAGGGGUGCUGACGUAUGGGUCCGAGGUAGAAGGCGAGUUGAAGACUCCAAGCCAGAGGAUACGUGGUCGGCGUUAAAGAUGGCUCGUUUCUCUGAUAGGAGUUCUCGGUGGUAUGAGCAUCUCGCGCCCAAGGAAAGUACAAGAACCAACUCAGGUGGUGGUACCGAGGAAUGGAACGAUUCCCUCCACAGAAGUUUGCCGGGGGAUCUGAAGGAGAUUUUUUGUGAGAGUUGUUUGACGGAAAUACGGGGGAUUCGCUGGGAAUGUCAACAAUGCGCUGGUCAAAUUUCCUUUUGCUUCAAGUGUUUCGGCCGUCGUGAUGACAUCCACGAUACAGGUCAUUCUUUUGAAGAGAUAGGGCCUCUCUAUAAACAGACAGUAUUGGCGCAGCGCAGAGACUCUGUAGUAGAUCCUGGUGACUUGGAAACAGACUUGAAUUUGGCAGAUGGUUCAAGAUUGCGAGAGGAGAUGGAAGCUGUAGUGGACGGCGAGCUUGACGCAAUAGCUCCGGGGAAUGAGGCUUCUAGUGACAUAGACUUGGACUAUCACAGCGAGGAUACGGACUCAAGUUCCGAGUUCUGA